CUGUAUGAAAUUUGAAGUUUCGUUCAAAGCCACGACAAGAUCCAAGAUCGCAAGAUCGCAACCACCAUUCGAUCCUUGACCAUUGCGCCAUGUCCCUCUUUGCCACUCGUCUACGUCUAGCAGCAUCUCCUGAUGCCAUCAAGGAUCUUUCCUUUGCAUGCACAAGGAGAUCCCUGCACCGUGGAAGCAGUAACUUUCCAGUUUCUUCCAGAGCUCAUGGUCGAGCCUUUUCUGCCUCUGGUGGUAGCGACACUACUAGUAGUAAGACCGAUACGGCCCCGUUGGACAUGGCGUCCGGUCCAGUGAAUGGAUUUCAAAUGAACCAAUACGUGAUUGCCUGUACGGCGACUCGUCAGGCCGCCAUUGUGGAUUGUGGUGCUUCCUCGCGACAAGAACUGAAUGCCUUUUUGAAAUGGAUGACGGAAAGAGACUAUCAGCUCACAGCGGUGUGGCAAACGCAUGCUCAUUUGGAUCAUAUCGCUGGAUUGGGGCUUCUUAGUACUACCAGUACUGAUGAUGAUACUGAUGUCAGUAGUAGUGACGUUCCCAUUUACCUGCAUCCCAACGAACGAGAAAUCUACAAGUCAUUUCCACAACGAUGCCAAGAUUUUGGUUUCACCGUAGAAGGUGGAACCGACACGCUGCCAUCCCACGAUGAUCUGACCUAUUUUACACCGGAUCAAACCACCAUGACUCUGGGAAAUUUGACCUUUGACAUUAUUCCAACACCGGGUCAUUCACCAGGACAAGUGGGAUUCUUAUUAUCUGCUUCUUCGUCGUCUGAGCCACCGAUAUUCUUGGGGGGAGAUUUCAUCAUGCAAGGGUCGAUUGGACGGACGGAUUUCCCAACGUCCAGUCCACAAGACAUGGAUGCGUCACUGAAACGAUUUGUGGAAAUUAUGGAUGAGAAAACCGUCAUUUACCCAGGCCAUGGACCACCCACGACACUGGAACGCGAAAAACAAGCCAACCCAUUCUUGCAGCCCUUUCUUUGACUGAUUGAUCGCAGAUCGUAGCAAUCUGGCAAAGAUCCAACUAACUGAAUAGAAUAACCAGCAUAGCGCCAAACACUGAGCUUGACAUAUGCAUCUUUUUGAAAGUUAUCAAUCUACUACUAAGGGUUUACUUCUUAGCACCCCGC